AUGACCAGGAUCACCUCGUUCAACUUGCCGAAGAAGACUUUCGUGUCUUCUAGGGCUGAAGAGACUGGCGAUUCUACCGCUGGACCGUCAAAUAUCAAGGCUCAACUGCAAGGUCCAGGCGCCGAUCAGCCAAAGAAGAAGUCUAAGCGGAGAGGGCGUCGAGGCAAGGAGGAUGUAGCCGUAACGCAACAUGAUUCCGCAUCAUCUGGGUCAAAACCGAGUGUAUCGCAAGGAGGAGCAGGAUGGAAGCGAGAUCGAUCGAUAGCGAAACGUGCACGCUUCGCCGCUGAACGAGCGGAAGAACGUCGGUUGAAUCGUCAGAAACAGAAGAACUCAUCGACGACUUGCUUCGCCUGCCGAUCAGUCGGACAUACUGCCAGGGACUGUCCGAACAUCUUACUGGCGACGGAAGGGCCUCAAGGGACUGCGGAGCUGUUGGGAGAUAUUUCCGCGAAGGUUGAUUCUGAGACUAAGGCUGGGGGAAGUGUAUCGGACGGAGGAACCAAGGGCUUGAAGCGGAAGAAGGGUAAACUCGGGGCAGAUCUGGUCGGCAAUCGAUGCUACAGAUGUGACUCUACAGGUCACUCCCUCAGUUUAUGUCCCGAACCGAUGGAUUUGGAAAAUCCCACACCGUUCGCAACGUGCUACAUAUGUCUCGGUCGAGGUCACCUAUCGUCGCUCUGUCCCAAUAACGCCGGGAAAGGAAUCUACGUCAAUGGCGGAUCGUGCAAGGUUUGUGGAUCGACCGAUCAUCGGGCGAAAGAUUGUCCAGAUGCUCCUGUCAAGGAUAGCGAGUCCAGCGGAGAUACAAGGCGGGGAGGACCGAAGACGAACAGGGAUUUGGUGAUCGGUGUUCAGGGCGGACCUGACGAAGAUGAUUGGAUGGUACAGAGCCGGGUGCAAGGGCCUAGUCAAACUGGUGACAAGAGCAAAGGAUCUUCCUGGCCGAAAGCCAAGCCGACAAACCCCCAUUCGUCUCGUGCUGCGCUCCAGGACAUUAAGCGGGAUCAAUUGCAGGACCUUUCGGACCCGAUCGAACCGGCGCCGGGACCGACAACGACCGCUAGUCCUGCACGGCCGGUCAAAUCCAAAGUAAAGGUUGUCAAGUUCUGA